GUGUUUUAUAUCAUUCUACUGAUAUGAAAGGUCGUCCGAUGAUCGAUUCAUUAUCAUAGUUGUUUGUGUUAUGUAGCAUUACGUGGUAAUAUGUGGGAAAUUCUGGAUAUUAUAAAAAUUGUUUUCAUAUUAAAUUAGUAAUAUGUAGUUAGUGUAGGAAGCUAUUUCCAUUAUAAGAGACAUACAAUAGUAUUAAUCAAAAUGAUUUGUACGGUUCAUUGUUUAAGCUGUAUAAUCAUAUUUUUCCAUUUAACAACAGCUCAUUUAUCUCAAAAAGAAACGUUGAAGAAUCUAACAGAAUGCGAUCUCCAUGCCAACAUAACAUUAACCUGUGCUGGGAACGAAAUGAUUGCAAUACAUUCCCUACAAUACGCCUACCAUGUCCGUUGUGAAGGAAUAUGUUGUAAUACCUAUACAAGUACGGACUGCUUUGUUAACGCUGGUGAUACAGACAUUCAAGACAUUCGUCGUGCCUGCUCAGGCAGGUCGUCCUGCAACGCACCAACCCUUCUAGACAAAAUAGACUUCUCUACCUGUUCAUUAGGUGUAAAGGACAUUUCUUAUAUAUUUCUACAAUACUUUUGCAUACCAAAGGAAAGAAUAGCUUCCAUUUGUACAAAAGGACAAACACUUACGUCAGGCGAUGCUCCACUCUACCUGACAAACGAGAAUUAUCCAAGUGUAACAACCGGAAGUACAUCAUGUUCCUGUUCCCUUGAAGCAUACUCCUGCUCUUCCAGCAUUAACAUGUACAUAUUGGACGCAGAUCUAUACUUAGAUACUAGUGCUUGCUACCAGACCUUAGAAUUUCUUGAUGGAUCUAAUAAAACACUGCAUACGAUUGGUUGUGAAAGUCACGACUUGGAUCAUAUUGAAAGCAGCACAGCGAGUAGCCAUUAUCUAAAAAUAGAUUUCAUAAAUAACAGUACGUCAAACCAAGAAGGAUAUUUUUUCAUUGGCCUCGAAGCUUCAGUGUCUGGAGAAUCUUUCAGCCUCAGCUGCAGCUUUGAACAAGAAACAUGGUGUGUCGGAUGUGGUGAUGUGCCAGUGAUUGCAAAUGGAAAUAUACAACUCAGUAAUGUGAACAAUUCCUCCUACGGAGCAGCAGCAAAUGUGACCUGUGAUUCAGGCUACGAAACAAAUACACCUACUAUAAAUUGCCUUGCUAAUGGUACAUGGCCUGCUCCUGUUUGUACAGAGAAAGUAUUGUUCUGUCCAGAAGGGUUAGAGUUCUGUCCUCAUUCUAACGGAACCAACGUUUGUGUCGACAAAGCAGUUGGAUGUAGCUGUGGCACAGUUCCAUCGAUACCAAAUGGAGUAAUAAUAAUUGAGGACAAUUCAACUAUUGGAUCGGUGGCUAAUGUCACUUGUAAUGAAGGUUACAUUCCGAGUGAACAGACUGUUACAUGUCUGACUACGGGUUCGUGGGAGCCUGUGUUAUGUACUGCUAAAGACUGUGGGACACUGCCAGCAAUUUCUUCAGGAGAAUACGAACUAGUCGGUUCCAGCACAACAUUUGGAGCUUUGGCGAGAGUCAUAUGUGACACAGGAUAUACAGCUGAUAAACAAAGUGUAACUUGUCAGUCCACAGGGAUAUGGGAAUCUGCUGUUUGCAUGUUAACAGAUAAAAGCACACCUUCAUAUGGUGGGCCUAAGGAUGACAAGCCAACAAUAAACCCUGUACUUAUCAUCGUCCUUAUAAUUAUAGGCGUGCUAUUACUACAACUCGGAAUUAUGUGCUAUCUUGAAUGCAAGAUACAUAACGUACGCAAGAAAGCAGCAGGCGGAGAUUCUGAAAUUCCAAAAAGGAUAGGUAUGACUAUUUUGGGGAGUACUCCAGUUUUAGGAGUGAUAGCAAUAUACCUUACAUGGAAGAUGUUUUACAGGGACGUGUAUCAAGUUCGUAGAAAGCAUAUCAAGAAUAUCAAGGACAAUAUUGACAAUAAAGAAUUUUCAAAAGAAUGUUACAAAAACGUAAGUUGGAUUAAAAAUGAGAACACAUCAUAUGAUAUCCAAAGGAACGAAACAAGGUUGGAGCGCCACGACGCAGAAACAGACCAAAAAACAAAUAACAGCCAUACAGAAAAUAAUACAGGCAUACCGAAACAAAGCUCCCCAGUGACAGCUGCUUCAUCUAGCGAGCAUGACGGAGACGUAAGUUCGAGUAAAAAUGGGAACACAGCAUAUGAUAUGCAAAGGAACGAAACAAUGUUGGAGCUUCGCGAUACAGAAACAGACCAGAAAACAAAUAGCAGUCAUGCAGAAAAUAAUACAGGGAUACAGAAAGAAAGCUCUAAAGUGACAGCUGCUUCUUCCAGCGAGCGUGACGGACGUAAGCUGGAGUAAAAAUGGGAACACAUCAUAUGGUAUGCAAAGGAACGAAACAAUGUUGGAGCUUCGCGAUACAGAAAAAGACCAAGAAACAAAUAGCAGUCAUACAGAAAAUAAUACAGGGAUACAGAAACAAAGCUCUAAAGUGACAGCUGCUUCAUCCAGCGAGCAUGACGGGUAAUAUUUAGUUUAUAUCAUUAAAAUAUGAUUUAUGUUACCGUUGAUCAAUAUUAUACACAUAAAUGUCAAUGUGUUUUAUAAGGUUUAUUUGUGCAAGUCAACUUAAAUUUUCACAGUGGCAUAACUCAAGUGCAAGAUAGUCGUGAUAUUAUAUAAUUUCUCUAGUAUUGUCCUCUUUUAGGCAAAGGCAGUUCAUUGAUUCCUGUAUCUGUACUAAAUUAAAAACAAGUCAGACGGAGUUAAAAUGAUUGCAUAUGAAGAUAUAUUCCGUUUUAAAGUGUUUUUUUUUCCAAACAUUAAUAAUGUUCAGUGCUGAUUCUUUAGAUAGAUUUCGUUUUAUUAUAUUUGAAAAAUGUAUGAAGUACCUUUAUGAUACUAAAAUUCAACCUUGCUUUAUAUAUGUGCGUCAAUAGUUUUCCAUGCUUUGUUCAUGCUGAGUUUACAAUGCUACCAUAAAAAUCGUUUUUGUUUCUCAAUAUGUAUUAAGUUCUGAAAAUAGAAUUUUAUUCAAAUUAUUUUCUGCUUUUGAAAUUCUGUUUUAAUAAGCUAGGGAGAAAAACCUGACUGGUUGAUUUUAAAAUUCUACUUCAGCGUUUAUGCCUUUAUUUCUCCAAGAACCGAAUAAGAAUAUGCAUCAUUCUAAAUGUGUUCAUGGGUAAAAGAAGUUUUUGAAUUCUAAAGACAUCUUUUAUCAUAAUAUAUCAUAAGCAAAUAUACAACUUUGAGGAAAUCUCAUGAAAAUAUACAGAAACAAUGUAAUGUAGCGCGGUCAGUAAUACGACAGAUCAUAACAUUUUAACCAUUUUAAAAUAAAAUACGCGUACAUACAUAAAGUACAGGUUAAAGACAUGUAUUUACUUCGGACAUGUACUUUUUAUUGCGCAUAUGACGCUGAAAGUAGGAUAUAUAAAGUACACAUUUUAAUUAUACCGAAUACAUGUGUAUACAAGUAUAUACGCUGAAAAUCCGAUAUAUAAAGUACUCAUUUUAAUAAUACUGAAUACAUGUGUAUGCACCUAAAACAUUCAUUCUUCAUAAAUUUCCUUUCACCUGAAACAUUUAUUUUUCAUAAAUUUCCUUUCUUUUUAAGAGAUAUUAAUUUUUAAAUGAAAUUAACAAAAAAAAAAGAUGAUACAAGUUAUUAACCAAUCUGCCUCCCACCAUCAGCCAUUUUUCGGUAGAGCAGAAACAUCAAUUGUCGGCCAAUUUGCACCCAGCCUGCUGUUUUGCGAUGUUCACAUCGGCGUCCCAUAGUUCGGUAAAAUGUUUGUGUCUUUGUUGAACCCAUACUUUAUAUACCUCAUUGUGGUGUAACACCGCAGUCCGUGACAUCCUGAAUUUGCUAAUUACUAAGAUUGUCUAAAAUACUUCCAGUUAGUUUAAAAAUGUUAAAUGUUUGAAGUUUUCAGCUAGGACAAUUUUCAGCUAGGUAAAAUAAAGACGUCAUUAUCAGUUUAUUUACAAACUGCGUCGGGUAUUUUUAUAGGUAUCGCUUGGGAAUAAUGGUAUACUACAUUGACGAGAAUUCAAAAUCAUGCAAAUAUAUUUGUUGCUUAAAAUGCUUGUUGUUGUUCUUGGUUUUGUUAAUACCCCGCCACAAGUGGUGGGGGGUUAUAGGAAUGGUCUCCUUCCGUCCUUCCGUCCGUCUGUCCGUAACACUUUCGUGUCCGCUCCCUAUCUCCUAAACCCCUUGAAGGAUUUUCAUGAAACUUGGUUCAAUUGAUUACCUCAUAGAGACGAUGUGCAGAACUUAUGAAUCAAUCAUGCCGGCAAAAGGUCAAGGUCACAUCUCAAGGUCAAAGGUUUGAGCCUUCCAUUUUGUGUCCGCUCUAUAUCUCCUAAACCCCUUGAAGGAAUUUUACAAAACUUGGGUCAAAUGAUCACCUCAUCAAGACAAUGUGCAGAACCAAUUAGUGAGUCAUGCCGGCUCAAGGUCAAGGUCACAACUGAAGGUCAAACGUUUGAGUCUUCCAUUUUGUGUCCGCUCUAUAUCUCCUAAACCCCUUGAAGGAUUUUCAUCAAACUUGGGUCAAAAGAUCAUCUCAUUAAGACGAUGUACAGAACUUAUAAGUCAGCCAUGCCGGCUCAGGGUCAAGGUCAGAACUGAGGGUAAAAGGUUUGAGCCUUCCAUUUUGUGUCCACUUUAUAUCUCCUAAACCCCUUGAAGGAUUUUCAUCAAACUUGAGUCAAAUGAUUACCUCAUCAAAGCGAUGUGCAGAACUCAUGAGCCAGCCAUGCCGGCUCAAGGUCAAGAUCAGUUUUAGCCUUCCAUUUCGUGUCCGCUCUAUAUCUCCUAAACCCAUUCAAGGAAUUUUUAUAAAACUUGGGUCAAAAGAUAACCUUAUCAAAACGAUAUGCAGAACUUACGAGUCAGCCAUGCUGGCUCAAGGUCAAGGUCACAGUUUAGGGUCAAAGGUUUGAGUCUUCCAUUUUGUGUCCACUCUGUAUCUCCUAAACCCCUUGAAGGAUUUUUAUCAAACUUGGGUCAAAUGAUCACCCCAUCAAGUGCUCAUGUGUCAGCCAUAUCAACUCAAUGUCAAGGUCAAAACUCGAAGUCAAAGGUUUGAGCUCUGUAUCUCCUAAACCCCUUGAAGGAUUUUCAUGAAACUUGGGUCAAAUGAUCACCUCAUCAAGACGUUGUGCAGAAUUUAUGAGUCAGCCAUAUCAGUUCAAGGUCAAGGUCACAGCUAAAGGUCAAAGGUUUACCCUUUCACUAUUCAUAACAGUGGCGGGGGAUUUAGCUGUACUUCAGAUUGCCUUGUUGUUUUUAACACAGAAUUUCUGUUUUUGGGUUGAAACCGCAAAGCGGUAAAACCUAUUGCUACCGUACUCUGGAGACUGCAAGAAUAUCAAUAUGACAUUUUUCACUGAAGCAGAUUAAUCCGCCGUUCUAUUUCCGCACUACUUUAUUGACUAUUUACGAGUAUACCGACCACUUAUCUCUCUACAUAAUUUCUAUGUAAAAGUUCCUCGUCAGGUUUAACAAGCGUUUCAAUGCACGUCAUAAACGGAAAUAUAUUAAAGUAUACAUCUCUGAAAAGCUCAGAUCUUUAGCUUUCUAAUGGUGUAUAUCCUUUGAAAAUCGAAGUAGGAACUAUGACACUGGCAGUUUAAAAAUAGCUUUUUUCUAUAGAUUUUAGCUUAACGACUGUUAACAGUUAAAUGUUAAACGGGGAUACCUAGCUAUAAUUGAAUGCAAUUAAAUAUCUUUAGAAACCAUGUAUAAAUGAAUCAUUGAAUCAAAGAAACAUGAAACAUCACCAAAAAGUGUACUUAAAGAGCACAAAACAUACUAGUCCUGACGAGGAAAGCUGGUUUCUGGGUAGAUAGGAAAUGUUUUGACGGUUUUCAGUUGUCUUGGUGUUGUAGAAGCUGAAUCCGUUUGAUGACAAUGUCAUCAUUGGGCAAUUUUUUUAUGCAGGAUUAAAAAUGGCGGCCAAAAUGGCGUCUUAAGCAAAUGAUAAAUUUAUGCCACAGUCAGAUAACACAUUUAAUCAAACAAUAUUGCCAUCAGAUAGUUUCAUUUAUAAAUGGUCAACAAAUGCAAGACAUAUUUUCAUAAAAAUGAAGUCUACGUUACAAUACGUUUAAGAUAAACUUGUAACAAUUUCUAGUUAAAAUAUAGCAUUAUUUCACUUCCUUUAAUUGUUUAUGUUGACCUGCAAAAAGAGAUACACGUCUGUCCACUGUUUCUAGGGUGCCUAAACACAUAUGUUUUACGUACGGUGUUUUUCAAUAAUUUUGUACAUAUAUUGCAUGCAUUUAAAUACAUAAAGGAACAAUUGUAUUUUUAUGACCUUUAUUGUUGGUGUAAUAAUCAACAUUUAAAAAAUUAUAUAUUUAUAAAUCGAAAUCAAAUCCUUUUGAUAUCAGUUGAAUGUAUGUUCAAAUGUAUGUUCAAAUUAUCUAUCUUAGCUGCGCAAUCUAGCUACUAAGAAAAAUAAUAUUCAUUAUAUCUUUGAAAUUGGUGAUCCUAUUGAAGGGCAAACUCAAAAAUUCGACUGAUUUACUUUAAAUUCUGAGAGACAUUAAACUUUGUGGUAAACCUGGGUUUUGGCACAGAAAUAUUUUGCUUUUUGUAAAUAUCUGAAUAAAAAAAUAGUUUACGUUACCAUGUUCUUAUAUCAUAUAUUAAAGAAUACAUUAAGACGGAGCUUUGCUGAAAAUUUGAACCUUACUGAGUAUAUAUUGUUCGAGUUAUUCCCAAAAAUAUAUUUAAAAACUCCCGACUUCGAGAAAGUUAUCAGCAGAAACCAUUAAAUGCUCCUAAGUACAUAUUUUAUAUUUUGCCAUGGUAUAUCCACUUUCAGUAUAUUGUAAAUAUAUGACUUAAUAUCUCUGUAAAGUUUGAGGACAUGACAUUUUGUAGCUUUAAAGCAAUCUUGAAAAAUCUACUUUGUUUACAUUUUUGCUAGUCCGUUUUAUAUGUGGCUAGAGCUGGCCAAUGAAAAUAUUUAUUAAAAAUAUUUAGAGAUAUUGUUCAGGUCUGAAACUUUACAAUCAUGUCAAGGAUAUAAAUUUUUAGUUAUGUGAAAUUUUGUAGAUUUUUUAGAAGCCUUGUUCUGUUGUAAACCUUUAAAAAUGGCCCUUAGAUGUAGACUGAUUUUGGCAGCCAUAUUGGAUAUCUUUGGGAGAAUUUGUGUGUCAAUUCUUUGACACUUAAUUUUAGUACUUUUAAAUCAUUUUUUUGUAAUUUGAAAUAUACUGAUAAGGUGUAGUUUUUCUUCUAGUUUGUGUUUAUGUAAUUGUCUUUUGGUGACAUUUAUUCUAUUUCUUGCAUUUGGUGAGAACAAUUUUACAUAUUUGGGAAAAUGUCAUUGACCAAUCAGAUUGCAGCAUUUUUGGUGCUUCUCUAUAAAUAUGGGCUGAUCAGUUAUUUCUUGGCUCUUCUAAUGUACUCCUUUGGAUUAAACACUUCUCUUAGUUAAGAAAUUAUUGGAAAUUUGGAGCCAGUUUUAGGAACUUUGGACUUAUUUUUAUUGGGGAAUAAUUUAGAAAUUUAAAGUUUAAUUCAUUUGCUUAAGAAAAUUACUGGAAUUUACAUGCAUUUUAUUUGGACUUUUCUGAUAAUUUUGACAUAUUUUUAAAGGAACUAAAUUGCAUAAUUGGUGUAUAUAGUAAUUGUAGAAGCUUAUUUGUAGACAUAAUUUAGAUCUUUGUAGUUGUGAAUGUGUGGUUAUGUGAGGACUUUUGAUUUAAUAGAUUUAUAAAACUGAA